GAUCUGCAUCUCCAUUUCUCUCUUCUCUCUUCACUUUUCUUAUCGAAAUGGCGGCGCUUGCUGUCCUGGCGCUGGUCGCCCUCGCCCCGGUGGCGCUCACUUCUCCCAUUCCGCUCGACAACAGCGUCUCCUUUCCCGUCACGGCCGUAGAAGACGGCCACGACUUGCACUGGGCGCAGGCUGAGGCCGCACGCGCUCGCCGCCGCUACGACACCGAGCGGCCGCUGAUGCGCCGUAGCCACCGCCAGCGCGGCCAUGGCAUUGGUGCGCGGCAGCAUGUGCGCAAGCCCAAGGGUGUCGCUGCCUUGAAGUCAUGGGGCGAUUCGUACUCUGUCCGCGCAGAGAUCGGCACCCCGCCUCAAAUUCUCGACUUGUACGUCGACACGGGCAGCACCGACCUUUGGGUGAUCGGGAGCUGCGACGACGCCGACGAGUGCGGCACGACGCCGACGUUCAACGCCUCGGCCUCGUCGACAUACACGCCGACGGACCAGCUCUUCGCUAUGAACUACAUCGACGGCGGGCGCAGCCGGGGCGUGUGGGGCGGCGAUGUCGUGCGUAUCGGCGGACAGGCGGUGCACACCUUCUUUGGGAUCAGCAAACACACGACGAACUGGGGCACGGCGCAGAGCGGGCUGCUGGGCCUCGCUGCUCGCGCGGGCAGCAGCAAGCGCGUCGAGCCGUGGUGGGAGGGCGCGGCGCGCGCGUGGGACGACGCGCAGUUCGGGCUGCACCUCGGCCGGCCGGGCGUCGAGGGCAGCGUGACGUUCGGCGGCGUCGACGAGGCCGCGUACACCGGCGGCUUGACGUACUACUCGCACAUGGCGAGCGAGGGGUGGGAGGCGGGGUGGAACGUCGCGACGGGCGGCGUGGCGCUGCACGGCCGCCGGUUGUCGAGCGCCGUGCGCAUGGCCGUCCUCGACUGCGGGAGCACGGGGAUCGUCGGGCCCAAGCACGACGUCGACGCAUUCUACGCUGCGCUGCGCACCGACGUCGUCGACCUUGGCGACGGGUCGUAUGCGUUCGAGUGCUCCCGCCCGCUCGGGAUCAAUGCGUCCUUCGCGUUCGGCGCGUAUGGCGGCACGCGCAUGGUCGACCUCCCCGAGCAGCACUACUAUAUGCGCGACGCCGAUCUCGCGAUCGUGCGUGGCACCGGGGACGAGUUCGCAAACACCGGCGGGUACGAGAGCAUGCGCGGUCGCCAGGGGACGUGGUGCUUCGGCGCGCUCGGCAGCUGGGAGUCGACGACCGAAGCCGCCGACGCCUGGAUCCUCGGGGAUAGCUUUUUGAAAAAUGUGUACAGCGCGUACCGUGUUACGCCGCGCGCUGUGGGGCUCGCCCCGCUCAAGGACAUUGGUGGGGGGCAGGGGUGGGAGGGCGUGCCGUCUGCUGGUGACGGCGGGUUCUCGAGAUAGCAGACAGUUGAGAUAGACUCAUAGAUAUUGUAAGCAUGUAUAUGUGAAAGUGUG